UAUGCCUUGACGACCUGAAGUGUACGGAAGUAGCGUGACUCCGUGAUCGUCGUGGAGGUAACAGGUGAAAACAGUCACACGCAUUUGCCUGCGGUGAUUCCCCGGCCGGUGAAGCUUUAUUCCUUCCUGUCGCCACCGAUACGCGUGACAGCCGAGCAGCCGGCGAGUUGAUCCCCGUGUGGAAGCGGUCAGGCACGAUGGAGAGGGACAGUACCGGUGCUGCGGAGGAGGAGAAGGAGCCGGCUUCCCCCCGGAGGAUGGAGGUAAACGGGGACAGGUGCUCCGCCGACUCCCGCUCCUCCAGGACCGAGAGCUGCGGUGGUGAUGUGGCCAAAGCCCGGUGGACCCUGCUCAGACAGGUGCUGCGUCAGUCGUCGGCCGACAGUCCAGAGGUCAAACAGGCAUCUGUUCGCAGGUUCGCCACGUUUAACCUCUUCAGCAGGAAAAGGCCUGUGACACAAGACCCCAGUGAUACCUCAGAUGACCAGUGGGUGGAGUACAGAAGUGUGUGCUUUCCAGAGUACAGUGCCUUACUCAGGGAUAACCUGGGUCCUCUCAGGGUGAAUGAAGUGCUCAACAGUUUCGACAACACUGGGAACGUCUGUGUGUGGCCUUCUGAGGAGGUGAUGGCUCAUUACUGUCUGCAGAAACGUCACACGUUCAGGGGCGCAGUGUGUGAGUUAGGAGGAGGUAUGACUUGUCUUGCAGGGCUAAUGGUUGCCAUUUGUGCUGACGCGGAGGAAGUUCUGCUAUCAGAUGGGAAUGAGAAGUCCAUUCAGAAUGUGCGACAGUUGGUGGAGAAAAACCGACAAGCUGGAAAGUUUGGGUCGACUCGUGUAUCUGCCAGGGUUGUGAGGUGGGACUGUGAGUCGGACAUUUCAGCACUAGAGGGUCACUUUGACAUCAUCAUGUGUGCAGACUGUUUGUUCCUCGACCAGUACAGAGCCAGCCUGGUUGAUGCUAUAAGGAGAUUACUGCAGCCCAACGGCACGGCGUUGGUUCUCGCUCCGCUGCGAGGCGAAACUCUGAGGCUGUUCUGUCAGUUGGCCCAACAGGCCGGACUCUGCGUCUCUCAACACCAGCAGUACGACGCUCAGGUCUGGGAAGUUCACCUAAAGAUGCAGAGAGAAGGGAAAGAAGCCUACGACGAGAACAUCCACUAUCCUCUCCUCCUCACGCUGACCAAAGGACCGGUCAGCCUCUCUGUGUGAAACAAGUGAGCCCUCGUGUCCACCCGGUCCCACACUGACGCCACAGAGGAGACGACGAUGAGGUCUGAGUGAAAGGAACAGUAUUAGAAAAACACUGGGGCUGCGUUUGUCGCGGUGUCGAGUCAAACAAAUCAAGCCGCGGUUGUAUUUGAGACAAUUUUUAUAUUUACGUCGGCCACUGAGAGAAUUUAUAUUCAUAUAUGAGUGUGUUUGUUUUGUAGUUUGAAGUGUUGGUGAGGAACGAUGUCAGUGGGGAUACAUUUACUGUAAGUGAGGAGGAAGAGGAAGAGUUGGGCACAUUAUACCUGUUCAUACCUGUUUUAACCAUCUGCCAUGUGUCACUCAACCCUUUGGUUAAUCAGCCGUCCAGGAAGGUGAAGCAGUCAGUCACCAUCACAACCAACAAGCCAAUCAGUUUGUUUGGUCAUUUUAAGUAGUUCAAUAAUCAGUGACACUGACGUUUCCUCAGGCUACAUUCAUACUACUCUGUUUUCUCUGCAGUUGGUUGGUUAUUUACAGAAAAUAAUACGAACAAGAAGAAACAAGGGUGAAAAGCAAGACUACAACACGGUCUCAUACUUCUUUUAACCAAGGCCAGCAGAGUAUAGUGUGGACGGCAUUAAACUUAAAAACGUAGUAGUGUUGAUGUAGCCUCAGUCAUUCCUACUGACGAGGGGUCAGUCAUUCAGUCAGUUGACCAGUUGGUAUCAACCCCUGUCACUGUGUUUGUGGCCCCAGCUCCAAUACAUUCACCAUCACAGACUGUGGAGCGGUUCACAGUUUCCUUUAUUCCUCCCGGUUCCCUUCUUCUCCCACCUUUAUUUCCCCUAACACAACUCAUUCACUCAGUCAGAGGUCAGUGUUCAGAUCAACACAGUUUAUUAAAAGGGUUUGUGACGCGCUGGUGGAAGCUCAGAGUCCGAACCACCUUCAGGUAGCGUGUGUGUGUCUAACGAGAGACAGAAUACGUGCACAUGUGACUCCUUACUACUCGCAUUUAUUGAAAAGUGACCCCAAUACUGUGGAAUAGAUUAAAAAGGUCUAAGAUGUGAUGCACGGAGCAAGAUGUCUGUGCAUCAGGUCUGUUUCUGAUGUUUCUCAUGCAGACCUGUCCGAUGGUCUCUUACCUCUUUUCUGCUGUGACUGAAGCAUCGUGCUCCAUGUUCAUGCUUAGCCACGCCUAUUUAAGAUGACUACAAAUGGUAUACUGACAAUUUAUAUGAUGACAUAUUGAUACAUAAUCGUUUAAUGGUUUGUUAUUGAUUAAGACUUUACAUUCUAUAUAUGACUAUUUCUUUCUGUUUCUCAUGUUAUCUCUCCAGAAGGAGGGGAAAGGAAUACUACAGUAUUCUUUCUGCUACUACACAGAUAAAAGACAUCAUACAGUAACUAAAGUGCAGCCACACAGUAUCUGUUACCACAAGGAUAUUAAAAUAGGUUGCAAAAACAUUUUCAGUAUGAAUGUAAAACCAAAAAAAUGCCUGAAAAACAACAAUAUUAAAGAGAACAAGCAGCUGGAACCAGAACACGACGCAGCCACAACCAGUGGGCAUGCAGGAGGAGAAUAUGAUUUCAAAUUUAUAAAAUACCAUCGUUUUUUAAAGUCCCACAAUCUCGAGAUUAAAAACGUUUACACAUCAGCGGCCAACUCUCGAUCCUCUGUUGGCCAUGUUUUCGAUCAACACAGUUUUACUCAGGUCCCUUGCAUUCAGCGCUCUCUUCUCUCUCAAGUGUUAUUGAAAAACAUGCCGAGUGUUAGCCGGUCACUCAAGCCUGAAGUUGUACCUAUCACUGGUAAGGUGUUUCCACAUUUCACUGUGAUCCACGCUGUACACGACAGCCAAGAAGCUAUGCAGUAUCUCCCAGCGGCUGGUGUUUACGUGUCUCAUGUAAAGAAAAAAGAAUAAUCCACCUCCAGAAAAGAGCAGUAUUCCCUCCGUGUACCUGCUCUGAAAGGUAAAUUAAUCCAGUUUUAUCAGCGCUCUCGAAGCUUUGAGGACUUAAAUUGCAUUGCAAAGGUUCAGAAGAGUAUUUAACUACAUUUUUUGUUAUCUGUAACGCAGUUAGCUGGAUACCUUUGAUACCUGUGGGCUAACACACUGUAGGAAUACCAUCCCUACAACUGUGACUGUGAGACUCCAUCACUGUCUGGUGUGACAAUCACCACAGCUAAUAGCAACGCCACACUUCGGCAUCGGUCUUUCGCCGUUUACUGUGACGUCUGCAUCGCUGCUUCUUCUUGCGACAUCGCUGCUUCUGUCAGUGGCAAAAAAUGUUCCCCUGUUGAACCCAUCAGCUGUUGUCAUGUCCCGUUUACAUAUGGACCCCGUUCAGACCUGCUAUCAACAUGCGUCCUGAGUGGUCAGCUCUAAAAACAGGUCUGAUCCGUCGAACCACAUGUGAACACAAACGCAUCCUGGGCCCCGAGUGCCUACUCAGCUGACGUCCUCUGACCUGCGACAGUUAAAUUGAUUUCAAUCUCAAUUCGAGUAAGAACAGCUUCAUAUGGUCUCCGCGUACAGACAUUAUGUAUGUGAUUAUUUGCAUAUAGAGCGGAGAACUGGGAUCCAAUCACAAGUGGUCACAGGAGACACAUUCAGGACACAUUUUAAUACCAGACGAACGUGGCGCCGUCCACUUGUGAUGGGAUCUGUCAGGACGGAUUGUUUGUUGCCGGGUCUGAACGGGGCCACGAGGAUGCUGUUACCUCUUGUUGUGAUAUUAGUGCCGCGUGUGAGGAGACUUACCACUUCUCACUGUGACGUCAGCAGAAGGACAAAGAGCUGCUGAUCGUCGGUGUUACUCAGAGACGUCUUUACAAGGAUUUGAUAACGUUAAUAUGACGGUAGGAGAGAGAUCCUGUGUUGCAGGAAUCUUCUGUUCCGACACAUUUAUGACAUUGUACUGUGAGAUGUCGUGAAACAGAGAUCAUUGAUUUGUUGGUCCUUUGCCGGCGAUGUCCACACUGAUCCUGAUAGAUUUCAACUAGGAUCUGGUUUUGGGCUUUUUUUUCCACAGCUAACCACAAACAAACUGAACACGUUAAAGUGGCUUUGUGGCAUUUUGCCGCAAAUAGAGACAAUUUGGUACAACUAGCAUGUGGUGUGCUUUAAAGCUGCUGGCCUUAAUGUUCUGUGCAUUGUCCAAUGCAUUCGCUUUUUGCAUUUUUAUAAUGUUUACUGAGCUGAAAAAUGCAAUUGAAAUAUUUCCAGUUAUCUAUAUUGUGGACAUGGCCUCAUGUAGUGAGUCUCAUCAGAUUCCCUCUGCGUCAGCGCCACCAGUGGGUUGAAUGUAGUUUGCAGUGAGUGAUGUUUUUUGUGAAUGAAUAAAAUUAAAAUCAUUUUCUUCAAGAAA